UCCUUUUUUUUUUCCUCUUUAAAAAAUAAAAAGUACUGAAUAAAAUAAUAUAAUAAUAAAAGAAGAAGGGGGAUCGAUGCUGGCGUGCUUCUUACGCGGACCGAAGAAAACCUUUCUCCACCCAUAUCUCUCUACGGUCGCCCCACGAAUGCAAUCACCACCGUUGGUUUACGUCGUAGACCCCGCCCCUCUGUCCUAUAAGACUCUCUCCUUCCGCCCUCCACCGACCCAAAUCGAAGAAGAAGACAAGGAAACCAUCGUCGUUGUAGACGGAGGAGGGACCUACUCCUACUCUUCUUCUCCGUUCGCGUGGUGGCCUGCCUUGCGGAGACCUCCGUUUCCUGUAGGGAAUCUUGUUAGCAAGAAAGAAUGUCUGGAGGCAUUGCUCGUGGUCGUCUUGCUGAAGAACGCAAAGCAUGGCGUAAGAAUCACCCCCAUGGUUUUGUGGCGAAGCCAGAAACACUGUCAGAUGGUUCUGUAAAUUUGAUGGUGUGGCAUUGCACCAUCCCUGGUAAACAAGGGACCGACUGGGACGGUGGUUACUUCCCUCUCACGCUUCACUUCAGUGAGGACUAUCCCAGCAAACCUCCCAAGUGCAAGUUUCCCCCGGGCUUCUUCCACCCAAAUGUGUACCCUUCUGGAACAGUCUGCCUAUCAAUCCUCAAUGAGGACAGUGGUUGGAGACCAGCUAUCACUGUGAAACAGAUUCUUGUGGGGAUACAAGACUUGCUAGACCAGCCUAAUCCAGCUGAUCCUGCACAGACAGAUGGCUAUCACCUCUUCAUUCAGGAUCCUGCAGAGUACAAAAGACGGGUCCGUCAGCAGGCCAAGCAGUACCCACCUCUUGUGUAGCCUCACCUAUUUGCUGAAUGAAUUAUUCUCACCUGUCUGAAUACUUAAAACAAAUAGACGCUUUUUAUCAGUGUUGUUUAGUAGAUUGUCAAUCCUCGCCCUAUAUAUAGGGCAAUACCUCUGUGAAAAUGAACUAUACAAUUGCAUCUCUGCAUGCAGUACUGAUUAUAUCCAUUUUGUUUUGUGGUUGUCGGGUUCUGGUAUCACAUUAAGUUGUUGCAACCAGUCUGGCUGGUGCAUGUGUGA